UAUCUCUGGUAGUAUGUUCUGCGGUAUUUGUUUUUCUCAGCGACUCGGUUGCACUGUUUAAUGCUGAGCAGCUUUUUCUCCCGCGCUUGCAUGCAGCGCAUGUCAAAGGGGAUUUAGGACCGCGUACACGAUCAAAACGUUCAGCCACAGAUAUUUGGAUUGCAGUUAUAAAACACAAUCAAAUUUGUUUAGAAAGUAAACCGGAUUUAAUAAACAUUUAAACUUGUGAACACUUUCUGUUAAUAUUGCGUACGGGAUUGUACACAAAACUUGAAAUCAUAAGAUUUACUAUUCCAUUCCAGUUUUACUGUAAUUUUAAGGUCGCGCAGGCGAUUUGUUGUCAUUUCUCUUUCCACGCUGGUCAACGAAAGCUUCAAAGUUGCUAUAGCAACGAUUCCAUUUGCCCAAUCACGAGUUGAGAUACGUGACACGUGGUCUUUGAAAAGACCCGGAUGUGGACAACACCGCAAGAUGAUUUCGCAGGUUCAGAAGAAGAAACCGCAAGUCGAAAACAGCGUAAGAUGGGCACGAAGAUGGUUUAUUGAGUGGAACAUGCGCGAAUGGCUUCAAAACAUUUGACAGAGGGAGUUGAGGUGCUUUUCGAGCCCGGCUCGAGCGAAACUGAAAAAGAUAAAGGAGGAAACGUAGGAAGCGAGACUGAUUCGACUGGAUCAAGUUACUCAGAUUACUCCGAUGACUUGGAGCCAGAAUGGUUGGAUGAUGUCCAGAAGAACGGUGAACUCUUCUAUCUUGAGCUGAGUGAGGGCGAGGAAGAAGCUCUGUUGGCCCAAGUCUCCGCCAGUCAGUCCUCUGCCACCAAUCAUGUACAUUUCAGUGAAAAGGAGGCAGAGAUUAUCACUGAAAACAGUAAAAAGUACACAGUCUCCAGCAAUAAAUCUGAAGCAAAACUCAAGAAGCUUGCCAAGAUCCUGAGACGAAAACGGCAACCGUCUCAAAGAAAAACAUCCAAUGGAAAAGAGGAAGGGGCUUCCCGGCGACCCACCUCUAUUUUGAAGAAUCAAGCAGGGCAGCGGUCUGGGGUGGUGGUACAGCAGCAGCAUCUGAAGGACGUGUGUGUGUAUCUGAACCCCAAACGGCUCGGCACCACCUCACCUCCAUCUCCAGAGAGAGGGGGGCUGCUGGAAGCCUUGCUGGGUGUGAUGCAUCGGCCAGGAGGAAAUUCAGGGAAGAGGGGGGGAAAACUCAUUAUACAUGGCCUGGUCCCACACAGUCCCGCCAGCAAGUGUGCCGAAAUUCUUAUUGGUGAUGUCCUGGUUGCUGUGGAUGAUGUGGAUGUUACCUCAGAAAACAUUGAGAGAGUUCUCUCCUGUAUACCUGGCCCCACACAGGUGAGACUAACUUUGGAGACUGUUGGUCCAGUUGGGAGCCUUGUAGACUCUGCAGUACCCAGACUGAAAGCAUCUCCCCCGGUCAGUCAGCUGGUCAGACUGCUGUGGGGGGAGGACACAGUUGAGCUCCAGAUGUCUAUAGCACAUAUACCACACAUAGUGAUGUUCCUCUCACUUAAACUGGAGUCUGAGUCGCCACAAGAGGAGCAGGACAUUUUGUACCAGUAUCCAGUGUCUGAGUCUUCAACCCAGCUGAAAGCGGUGAGAGGGAUUUUCCUGACACUCUGUGACAUGCUGGAGAAUGUCACUGGGGGACAGAUAGUCAGUUCCUCACUGUUGCUGCAGAAUGAGUUAGUUCAUGUGGGCUACUGGAAGGAUGGAAGCAAUCUGCUAGUCAUCGGCGUUCCUGCCAGCAGGGUUCCACUGCUGUACCUGCAGACUAUAAUUGAAGGAGUUGUCCGAACGCUCAAGGUCAUGUAUGGCUCUCUUGAUAGUGCAUUCUGUGAGGUGGAGAACUCUCCCCGUCUGGAUCAUUUCUUCUGCCUGUUCUUUCAGCAGCUUAUCCAGCCCUCCCGUUUGAUUGAUAGCUCUGAACCGCCCACCCCAGACAUCUCAGGGACUCUCUUCUUAGACGGCUUACCAGCCGUACGCUGGCUCACUUUACCACCUGAUAUAAAGGUUGAGGUGGACUCUAUACUAUCAGACUUUGAGUCCUCAGAUUUUGGUGACAUGUCUGAAGACUUCUACUGCAUGAGGCGUCUGUAUGUCAUUUUGGGUUCCUGUCUGUUCUAUAAGGGAUAUCUGAUAGCGAAUCACCUCCCUAAAGAAGACCUGCUGGACGUGUGUCUGUACUGUCAGCACUACUGUCUGCUGCCACUGGCAUCAGAACAGCGCGUGGGACAGCUGGUGGUGUGGAGGGAGGUGUUCCCCCAGCAGAGAGCCCACUCCUGCCCUCUCACAACACCCCCCACAUCACAUCUCGGUUACUGUGAACCACACGCACGGCACUUCCUGCUCAUCGUGGGCCUGAGACACUUUAUGCAGUGUGUAUUGCUGGAGGCUGGUGGCUGUGCCUCACCCGCUUUGGGAUCUCCUGGUCCAGACUGUGUCUACGUGGACCAGGUCAAAGCCACCCUGCUUCAACUGGAGAGCCUGGAUGCUGGCAUCGAGGAGCGGCUCUCAGCUCCUCCCACUCCGUGCCUCUCCUGCGCUGAUUGGUUCCUUCCUGCUGGUGGGCGGGAUCGUCAAGAUGCCAUUGGCAGCUCACCCAUACUCAACCGGCUGACGGCAGCCAUCAAACCCCCAUCGCCAGCCGCGAUCAGUCGAAGUCUGUUUGGAGAGAUGGGGUCAUCGGGUCUAAAAGGACGAAGACCAAGUCCACAGAGGAGUUUGUCUGAUAGUGGCAGUGAGGGUCACGGGGAGGGGGUGGCAUCCUUAACUCCGGGUUUGAGUCCUCAUGCAACACCGGACACAGUGAGGAGAACACCCUUUAGUGGUACACGCAGGGACUCCCUCGGGUCAGGAGGGUCAGAUGGCAGCUUGGGCAGUGCAGGUUUUUUCAAGAUUCCGAGGUUAAAACACCCUAACCCGUUCUACCUGGGCUCCUUGAAGAAGAGUCUGACAGACCGGGAAACUGAGGGGAUGAUGCACAAUGUUCUCAAACUAACAGCAGGUGCGGAGAACACACUGUUUCAUUACGUGUUAAUGGAGACAGUGCAGGGCAUCUUCAUUGCACCUACACACAGAGAAGUGAAUCAACUCAGCGGAUCUAUCCACCCACAGCUCAUCCAGAACUUCUACCACUGUUGUCUGUCCAUACGUCACGCCUUCCAGCAGAGCCUCCCCACACGGGAUCGGAGAGGGACGGAUCGACCGCAGAGCACUCGGGGUUUGGGCCCAGUCAAAGAACACGGUGUUCUGUUCCAGUGUAAACCUGAAAACUGGACAGAUCAGAAGAAACCAGCACCCACCAUGACGUACUGGGUUAUAGGACGAAUGCUUCUAGAACCUGUGCCCCAAGAGUUCUACGUGUGCUUCCAUGAUUCCGUCGCAGAGGUUCCUGUGGAGAUGGCGUUCCGGCUAUCUUUCGGCUUGGCCAUGUGAUAAUAUUCCAGAGAGACUUCUACAAGUUAUCGUCCUUAACAUUUAACAGCCCUGUGCUGACAUUUCAUUGAAGGGCUUCUCAUUUUUAUGAGUUAUCUGCAAAAAUGUUUUCUACUAGAGAAUCAGACAUCAGUGAUACUCAAACAGCACCCUACUGUCAAACAGGCUACCGGUCCAUGCUUAAACCUCCUAUGGUAUUGAAAAAUGGCUCCUCCCUUUGGUAUUCAUGGUCAUUUUUGACCGGAAGGGUCAGAUGUGUAACCCUUUUUUUUAAUGAUGAUAAUAAUACCAUUUCUUCUUCCCUGAAGAACAAUAAAAUCCUGCAUUUAUUUUGGUAUUUUAGGCUAUUUUGGUCUUAUUUACAUGUACAUUUCUAAAUUUUACCAUUAAUUUGCAUAUACAAAUAUGCAAAAAAGGGACAUAAAUUGGAGGCAGAUUGCUGCCAUCUUGUGAACAAAAUAUAACAUGACUUGAAAACCAUGUCAUGCCAGUAACAGCCAGUAGAUGACUGUAGCCACCUACUUGUGUAGUCUGAUGGCUUGUUGUAACCUAAUUUUAUAUCUUAAUCACAAGAUAUGCAUUUGGAUAUAUAUUUAGACAUUAUCAGUUUAUUAUUUGUCACAGUUUAGCAUUUUAAAAAUAAUUUGAAGUGUCGGUUUUUGCAUUAUGCUUGCAAUUAAACCUGACCAUGGUGUUACAAAGAGAAGAUACAAAAUAAGCAUUUUUCUGCCAAUAAUUUAUUUAAAACAAAGAUUUAUAACUCAAAGUAAAUGCAUAAUAAUGUCAAGAAAAUGAACAUCAAGAAACAGCAAAAUUCUGAAAAUUAGAGUAUAAAACUAAAGAAUCAGAGUAAACAUUUUGCAAAUUCAAACUUUCUAUAUUAAGAAUUUAUUUUGCAAACGUGUUUGUGUGUGUCAGAUUGCUGUCAACAGAUGAAUUGUAUUGCCAACAAUGACCAAAAGAUGGUUGUAGAGCUUCACUUAGUGAUGACCUGGUUGUGUGUGUGCGCGUGUUCUGCAUUGAGUGUGUGUUAUCGUUUCACCCCUUCAUUUCUUUGUGUGUGUGUUUAGCAUUGUGACUGUAAGUCACCAAGUCUUGUACUGCUUAGAUAAAGGAAACAAUUUUUAUUAAACAAGGAAAAUUUAUUUAGGUUAAAAAUGAACAAAUAAUACCAUGGGAGGGUUAAGCUAAAAUGAUAACCAUGUGGCAAUCAUAUGUGGUUUAUGUGAUUAAACGUACCUUUUGCUGGUUUUUCCAACAAUGGAAGUUGAAUACAGGCAUGGUUUGAAGCAGAAUUGGCUACUGACAAGUCAGCCAAGGCAUCGAAAUCAGAGUUCAAUGUGGUUCACAAACUGUCAGUAGCGAUAAACUAAUAAAUCAACCUGAUAAUUGAUUGACCAGCUCUGGAGUUUUACGGACAAUAAAAUGCUUCUGAAAUGAAAAAAACAAAAAACUUUAAUACCUAUGAUGGAUUUCUUAAACAGGCACAAUAAGAUGAACAGCUUAGGAACUUAGGCUUUUUUAUAUUACCUUUCCUUGCUGGAUCAAGUGGAAUAACAUUUUCUUGGAAGUAGCUAUGCAGAAAUUUUGACCACAGCCGUACAAAAAGUUGUGCUUCAGAACUUGUUAUAUGAGAAAAAAAAAAAAAAUUCUAAAGGGUGGUACUUUGUUUUUCUAAGUUAAAAUAGGCCUAUCAAACAAAUGUGCAUCAUUUAUCAAAUAAAUGCAAGAAAAAUGUA